AUGAGAUUCGCGGCUAUUUUUUUGAUACUAAUUAUUCUUGUUUCUUUAAUCGACGUGAGUGAAGGCUGGCGUGGCGGUUUCCGCGGUGGCUGGGGUCGUCGCGGCGGUUUCCGACGAUUCGGUGGCUGGGGACGUUUCGGUGGAAGAAGAUGGGGUGGAUGGGGAAGACGAUGGGGUGGUGGAUGGGGCGGUGGAUUCGGUCGACCAUUUGGAUGGGGAUAUCGGCCGUUCGGCGGCGGCUUUGGCAUGGCCCGGAUGGGUUUGCUUGGUAUGCGAAUGGGGAUGAUGAGCAUGUAUCCCGGAUAUGGAUAUGGGAUGUACGGUAAAUGCAUCGUGAAUAUCAUCUCGGUCACCAUUCACAUCUGGGUACUGCUCAUUAUUUUGCUUACGCCAAAACUUCGACAACCGACUUUCGAUGAGCUCUUUUUCUCGCAAAAUAUGGCCGAUAUUUUGUCGGUUUUCGUUCGCGUUUCAGCCACUUAUUUGCCCACUUUACUGGUGGAUUAUGAGGAUGAGAGGAUCACGAAUUACACAACGACAAGAGAUGAUCUAGCAAAUUGGAUCAACGCGGCUGAAUGGUACAACAGUUGGACGAUCGUCAUCUCUGGAUUGCUGUUGGCGUGUGAUCGAGCUGUGUUGGCUCUAUCGAUGAAAACCUAUCAUUGGACUUGUAAUCGUUUCUUCAAAUGGAUGCUCGUAAUGAUUACUUGGGUGAUACCAUUGAGCGCCGUUAUGCCAAUGUUCACCGAGUGUUGUGGGAGUUAUUUCAUUGAUGGUCACAUUGAGCUUCUCGACUAUAAGGACCAUAAUGUGGGAGCAAUUUAUGACUCAAUCGAUAUGAUUUUCGAGACAAUUGUUUAUGCACCGACUCUCUGUGCCCUCAACACGUUCACAUUGGUGAUGAUGUGGAAACAAUAUAAAAGAGUGCUUCGCAGGAGUGCGGACCAUCUGCAGAAAAAAGUCCCAUCGAUUGUCACUAUCGAGCACUUAUGCAUAAAAAGUACCGCUAAUCGAGUCACAAAUGGACACUUUCAUAGACAAAGACGAGAGGAGAAACACAGUGCCACUCUCGAGCGCCUCGAGAUCGAGCUCACCUUUGCUAUGGUGUCAAUUCUCGAUCAACAAAUCGAUUUCAUCGUGAUUCUCUCGUAUACAUUGUAUUGGGCGAGUGAAAUGAAUUUCGCGCCUGUUCAACAAGAUCUUGCGCUCAACGCGUACUACAUCGCUUUCGAGGUCGGCAAUCUCAUCAUGCCGUAUGUGUAUUUGAUCGCUUGUGCCCCACUCCGAGAAGCCUUUUUCUCAUCAUUUUAUCGAAUGUUGUGGUGUCGGGAGAAGAAAAAA